AUGCGAGGCAUCGGCGCCGCCGCAGCCGCCGCCGCCGCCCGGCGGCACGCGCACCUCCCCUCCUCCUACGCUGCCGCGUUCUCUUCCUUCUCCGGCAUCGGGGGCAGUGGUGGCGCAGGGCGCGGGCGCGGGCGCGGCCUACCGCCCUCCGCCUCCGCGCCGCCGCGCGCUCCCGGGAGGCCUAUCCCCGAGGACGACAAUGGGGCGGAUCUCUUCGCCGCAUCAUCUUCUGCCGGCCGUGGCCGCGGGGAGCCCGUGAUCCCGCCCUCCCCCACCACCCCGUCCUUCUCGUCCUUCUCUGGCGCUGGCCGCGGCCGUGGAUCCCCGCUGCCCCCUCCCCCGCCGCCGCCGCCAUCCGACGAAGAUGCCCCCAAGCAACCCACCUUCGCAAAGCGCUUCGACUCCGUCCCUCCCCCCUCCAAUCAGGAGCCGCUAGCCACCGUUGCCUCCUCCUCAUCCGAGCCGCCGCGUUCGAUCCCUACCUCCGGCGCCGGCCGCGGCGUGCCGCGUGUGCAGCCACCGGUGGACAGGGCCCCCGAGGAGAACCGCUUCGUUCGAAGUCGUGGGGCAAGGAAAGCUCCGGCCCCGUCGGCUCCAAGCGGGCAGCCGAAAUUGGCGCCACAGGAGGCUGUGAAGCGUGCUUUGGAGCUCCUUGGCCGUGGCGAUACUGGCGGUGGACGCGGGAGAGGGGGGCGUGGGGGCCGCGGAGGUGGCCGGGACGGUGGCCGUCGGCCUGCUGACGUCAACGAGCAGGAAAAGAUCUUCUUGGGUGACAAUGCUGAUGGCGAGAAACUCGAGAAGCGGCUUGGGCCUGAGAAAAUGAAGAUUUGGGACGAGGCGUUCGAUGAGGCAGCAGAUGAGGCACUGCCAAACCCGGAGAAUGAUAAGCUUCUCGACGAUAUUCAUACCGAUAACAUGAUUGAGUUUGAGCCAGAGUACAAUGUGAGCUUUGGUAAUCCUGAUAUUGAGGAGAAGCCGCCUAUGUCAUUGCAGGAGAUGCUGGAGAAAGUAAAGCCAUUCAUAGUUGCUUAUGAAGGCAUCCAGGACCAGGAAGAAUGGGAGGAUGCCGUGGCCGAUAUCAUUUUAAAGGCACCCCAUAUGAAAGAGAUGAUAGAUAUGUACAGUGGGCCUGAUGUCGUAACUGCAAUACAGCAAGAAGGGGAGCUGCAAAGGGUUGCCAACACUCUUCCAGCAAACAUACCCAAUUCAGUAAAGCGGUUUACUGAUAAAACUUUACUUUCUCUCAAGAAUAAUCCUGGUUGGGGUUUUGACAAGAAGUGUCAAUUCAUGGACAAGUUUGUUCGUGAAGUUUCAGAGCAAUACAAGUAA